AUGUUGACCACAUUUUUCUGUAUUGCUAGCGCGGUGGGCGCCUUCGCUGCAUCUGUACAUGGUCGUGAUCAAUUCGAUCCGUCGGCAUACGCUGCAAAAGACGUCAUAGAGCGAGACUUUGCCAUUAUUGGUGGAGGAGCAGCAGGGACCUAUGCAGCAAUCAGUUUGGCUGAUCAAAACAAAACCUUCACCCUCGUCGAAGUCGCGGACCGACUUGGUGGAAACACCAGGACCUUCCAGGACCCAGCAACUGGAGCCAACGUCGACUUUGGCGUGCAGAUCCACCUCGAUGACCCUAUCGUUCGCAACUUUUUUGCCCGUUUGCACGCCCCUCUGACAAAUGUGGAGCUCAAGGAUUUUGGCCUCCCCAAAUAUUACGACUUUACCAAGCGAGUUGCCCUUCCCAACUACACCAAGGGAUCUAUUCAGUCCGACUAUGUUGCCGAACUCAACAAGUAUCCUUAUGUCCAAAAUCUCGUCGACCUACCCAACCCUGUCCCUGCUGAUCUGCUCCUCACUUGGCCAGAAUACGUCAAGAAGCACAAUCUCUCCUCUGGCUCGACUGAGGCUGGUCUCACAUGGCCAGCAACCCCUGGAGAUCCAUUGGAAACUACCGCUCUUGCAAUUCUUAACGAUGGCAAUCAGAUCGAGUUGGCCGAGUUUGCCGGAGCUGCCAUCAAGAAUGCCAAUCACGACAAUUCUGAGAUUUACGUCAACGCUCUGGCCGAAUUGAAGGCGCAUGUGCUUCUCAAGUCUUCCAUCGUUGCAGCUCAGCGUGGAUUGACCCGCAAAGGCGGCGUUCAGCUCGUGGCUAACACCCCAUCUGGCAAAAAGCUCAUCAAGGCUAAACAACUCAUCAUUGCUAUGCCGCCGGUCUUGGACAACACCAAGUACUUCGGUCUCGAUCAGCAGGAGCAGGCCAUUCUCAGCAAGCUUUCUGGCAAGCACUACUACGGUGGUGUGGUGAACAACACCGGCCUUAAGGACGGCAUUGCUUAUACCAACAUCGGCGCGGACAGACCGUACCACGUCGCCAGUCUGCCCGGUGUGGUUGAGAUCGCCCCUUCAGCCUACCCCGGUUACCAAUUCUAUUGGUACAACACGAACCAGGCCAAGACAAAAGUUGAAAUUGAGGCCGCUACUCGAAGCACUAUCAAGUGGCUGCAGACUCAGACCAAUGCUACGGCCCUGGAGCCAAAGUUCCUCGACUUCCGGGAUUACUCACCGUUCCACCUCACCCCUCCGACCAAGGAUAUUGCUGCCGGCUGGUAUAGUAAGAUGAAUGGUCUCCAGGGUCACAGGAACACUUGGUACAUCAGUGCUUUGUUCGUCGUUGGCUCGACUCAGGUCUGGAACAGCACUCACAACUUGCUUCCGGAUAUUAUCAACGCUGCUCGGUCUUAG